UGGGGUGGCUCCUGCUGCUGUUGCCGCCACAGCGCUCGUCGCCGCCUCCCCUCCCCCUCCUCUCUGCCUCUCUCCCCGGCGGGGGCUCCUCGCCACAGCCUCUCUGCUCCGCUCUCGGUCAUGUGACCCUAACGUAACCGGACAGGAAAAGCCGCCGCCGCCGCCGUCUCCGACUCCGUUGUUGCUGCUGCUGCUGGGCGCGCGCCGAGGCGGCGGCGGGGGCUCCCGGAAAGCGCGAGCCAGGUGAGCUCCGUCUACCCCCCCCCCCUACAUACACAAGAAUUUAAAAGAUGGAUUUAGCCAACCAUGGACUGAUUCUUCUGCAGCAGCUGAAUGCUCAACGGGAGUUUGGUUUCCUGUGUGACUGUACAGUUGCUAUUGGUGAUGUUUACUUCAAGGCACACAAAUCUGUCCUUGCCUCUUUUUCCAACUAUUUCAAGAUGUUGUUUGUUCAUCAAAGCAGUGAAUGUGUCCGUUUGAAGGCAACUGACAUACAGCCAGAUAUUUUCAGCUAUCUCUUACAUUUGAUGUACACUGGAAAAAUGGCACCUCAGCUCAUAGAUCCUGUUCGAUUGGAACAAGGAAUAAAGUUUCUGCAUGCGUUCCCGCUUAUUCAAGAGGCUAGUCUUGCCAGUCAAGGAAACUUUACACACCCGGAGCAGAUUUUUCCAUUGGCAUCUUCAUUAUAUGGUAUUCAGAUUGCGGAUCACCAGGCAAGAAAUUCCACAAAAGUAGCCGCCACAACUGACAAACCUGUUCGAGGACCAAGGCCACAGUCAUCAAGAGCAAAUCAAGAACAGAUGCAUGAAGCCACCCAACUGUCACAGAUACCACCACCACCACUGCCUCAAGUGCCCCCAACAAAUAUGUCCACUUCAGACCCAUUACAGCCUCCGUUGUCUCCUGAACUGGUUUCUACUGCUCCUCAUCCUUCUCCUCCAGGUGAUGAAAACAACAUGGAAGCCUCCUCCUCAGAUGAUCAGCCUGCUUCUCUCACAAUUGCGCACGUCAAGCCAAGCAUUAUGAAAAAGAACGGAAGCUUCCCCAAAUACUACGCUUGUCACCUCUGCGGUCGGCGAUUCAAUUUGCGAAGUAGUUUGCGUGAGCACCUCCAGAUUCACACGGGGGUGCCUUUCUCAUCAAGCCAGCACGGGGAAAGUAGCGUUCCUUUAUCUCUUUGUAAUAACGCUCCUGAAAAAGAUGCUAUGGAAGCUGCUGAAGCUGGAAUGAUUAGCGAUAGUGAGCUGCAGCAGAUCUCGGAUUCACCCAUCAUCGAUGGACAACCGCAGGCUGAAACACCACCGCCCUCUGACAUUGCUGACAUAGACAACUUGGAGCAAGCAGAUCAAGAAAGGGAAGUUAAAAGGCGGAAGUAUGAGUGUUCCAUUUGUGGGCGCAAAUUUAUUCAGAAAAGCCACUGGAGAGAGCACAUGUACAUUCAUACUGGCAAGCCUUUCAAGUGCAGCACCUGUGACAAAAGCUUCUGCCGGGCCAAUCAAGCUGCUCGACAUGUAUGUCUAAACCAAAGCAUGGACACCUACACCAUGGUGGACAAGCAGACUCUGGAGCUUUGUACUUUUGAGGAAGGCAACCAAAUGGACAACAUGUUGGUCCAGACCAACAAACCCUAUAAAUGCAACUUGUGUGAUAAAACGUUCUCCACGCCUAAUGAAGUCGUCAAACAUUCGUGCCAAAGUCAGAACUCUGUCUUUACUCUAGACGAGGAUAGAUCCAUUUUGCUAGGUGGUGGGGAUGCUGAAACCACAGAGAGUGAUCAUUCGGUCUUAGACUCUAUCAAAAAAGAACAGGAAGCAGUGUUGUUAGACUGACUCUGAGGCUCAUAUCUUAUUUUUUUUUAAAGAAAACAGUUUGUCUUACUCAUUUUUACUAAACCGAUCCUCCUCCCCUCCCCACAACCAUAACUACACUGACAUGGAAGGAAGCCCGGCUCUGUCUCUUUUUCCAGCAAAAGUAUAAAAUUAAUAAAGGGUGUUGUAUCACAUUAUAACAAUUGAUUUUAACGAAGAAGAAAAUGUAUAAGGGUAACUCAGCUAACUAUGUGAAUAAUGCUAAAAUGCAUCUGUAACAUACUCUAAGCAAGUUCUAAGACUGUUUCUAUAUAUAUACUUGAAUGCAGUGAGAUGCAAUGUGAGAAGAAGACAGAAAGGAAAUUAAACAUGUUUAUUAAACUACAAUAUUUUCUCUCAACAAAUAGCAUUUUGAGGGAAAACCGAAGAUACAAAAUUCUCACGGUUACACACCUAUAAGCUGUGUAAAGUUGUCAUUUUACAAAAACUUGGAAAUUCCCUUAAUGAACCAAGAACACUAUUUUAAUCCACAUGAUUAUUGUCAAGUGUUUGUUUCCAGGUAACUUCAUUGACAUUAUGUCCAUUAAAAAUGUAUUAUUAAGGCUUGACUCCAAGCGCAGUGACUUGGUAGUCAACCCCACUAACUGCAGUGGGACUUAAAACUUCCAGAUAAAUGUGUUUAGGACCAGAUUUUGCUAAAAUAGCAGUAAUAAUGUGAUGGCAAUCGUUUUAUAUGCAUAAAAAUGUAUGUAUGUGUGUGUAUGUACUUCAGGUAAAUGCAGGUAAAAUGUGUGCAUGCACCCUUUCCAAACUGGCCACUGCUUGUAACGUCUCACAAAUUGGUCCUUUUUAAAAGCAUAUUUACAUUUAAAUUGGUACAGGGUGUAUGCAUUUUUUUUAUCCUGCUGACUAGUAAUUGAUAAUGAUGAACAGUGCUAUCACCCCAAACUUGAAGGAAAUCAGAGAUCAGAAGAAUUGUACAUAGUGAGCCCUGUGCUAAAUGUGGGAAUAAUAGAUUUGAGCCUUUAUAGUGGUAAUUGAAAAAGGAAAAACGUUUCUUUAUUUUAUCAAAGCAGCAAUCUGAGUUUAUGUGAUUAACAUGUAGGAAUUAAGGGAAAGGAAAUCUGGUCUUAAAUAAUAUUUAGCUACUGGCAUCCUCUUGUAACAUAGCAAUGGUAUAAUGAUGAAACUGUAUCAUGGUUGGUUUUUAAGUAACAGUGCAACAUUGAGUGGAGAGCUAUAUAUUCUUUAUGUUCCUUCAAUUUGGGCACCAAAGUAUGCAAAAAUAAAUAAAUAAAGGGGACACAGUGUACAUUCAAGUUUCUGCUCUGGAUAGUACCGUAUACAAAUUCAAAAUCAAGUUGCUAAUUUUUAUCUUUUUAAUAUAUAAAUAUAAUAAUAUUCUCCAAUAGUAUAAAUAACCUGAGAGGAGAGGAGGGAGUCCAUUGAAAGGUCAAUUGUCCUGGUUGGAAAGUUUCAAGAAACAGAGGCAUUCCACCAGAAAUGGGGGCAGUGUGUGUUUUGAUGGGGGGAGAGAGAGGCAGAUACAAAUCUGCUUUUGUAUACAUGUUUUAUUUGAGUAUCAUCCUAUUUUGUGUCUAGUUACGUUUUCCAGUUUGUAAGUUUUUAUACAUUAUUUUAUGGAAUAAAAAGGUAUAAAAUAAAA